AUGAUAGUACAUACUACUGUAUGUUACAGUAUAUUUCUUGGUACCCUAACCAACCUUCUCUCAGUCUCUCUCUCAUACUCUAUAUUAUCCACUGAUCAUCCACUUUAUUUCUUUUAUGAAACUUGUUUCAAAAAUCCAACACAAUCAUUACUACUACCUAUCAACAACCAAAAAUCAUUUAUUUACAUUAAUUAUCCAAUCAUGAACCCAUUAAUUAUCAUCUUUAUUUUGUGUAUCGUUGUAUCAUCUGUUUUUGCCAAUAUGUCUUGCAACAACCAAUAUGUCUUUGUCAACGACACCAAUUCAUUGUCAUCUUUUUCAUUGUUCAACCAAGUUGAACAACAAUCGACUAUCAUCCAAAAUAAAAAUAUUUCUUUGUCUAUGAUGAUGCAGCCAUCAUCCGUUUCAUUGUCAUCUUUUAAUCAUUUUGAACAUCCAAUCAUUCUUAACAAAAACAAAAAUAACAAAAACAACAAAAACAUCAACAACAAUAAUAAUAACGAUAUCGAUUCAUCUAUUUCACAAACCCAAUUUGAUUCAAAUCAUAUUGUUUCUCAAUGUCAUUUACCAUCAAACCAUACUUUUAUUCUUGUAUAUAACAAAAAUAAUAAUAAUAAUAAUUUAUCUUUUAAUUCAUCAAUUUCAAUUCCUUUUAAUGUUUUGUCCCAAUCCCAUUUCCAGUUACCAUUAAAUCACUCAACCAACAACAGUAACACCAGCAACACCACAAUCUCAUGUUUCAACCUUGUUGAACAUCAAUUAAUUUCCUUUAGCUAUCCAUUACCAAUUCGUAGUUUUCCAUCGUUUUCAGACAAUAUUCUCUUUAACUCAAGCCAUGUUUUGUGUAUCUCAAAUCAUUCAACCAAAAACCAUAUUAUUUUAGAGGAGGAGGAGGAGGAGGAGGACUUCCACAGCAGUCAAAUUUCAAUCUCGUGUUUCAAUGCUAACCAUCAAUCAAAUCUCAUCUUAGAGGAGGAGGAAUCUGUUCAAUUGAACAACAACAGUGCAAUCCCAUUUUCAUAUUUCAACCAAAAAAUUCCCUUAGAUAAUAAUAAUAAUAAUAUUUCAUUCUUCAAUGACCAUCAAUCAUCGAUUCCAUGUUUUAAAUCUAGUGAUUUUUUAACUCAUUCAACAACCAACAACCUCAUUCUUUUAGAGUUUGUUCAAUUGAACAAAAGCAUCAUAAACAUCACAAAUUCAUUAACAUGUUUAGACAAUGUUAAACAUCAAUCAAUUCCAAUUAAUAAUCAAUCGAAUAAUAAUAAUAAUAAUAAUAACUAUUUUUCAUUAAUUCAUUCAUCAUCAUUGAUUUCGCCUAUUCCAUUUUCAUGUGAUUAUUUUAACUCUUCAAACACUUCCACAUCAUCAUCAUCAUCAUCAACAUUAUAUUUAUUACCAAAUACAAUUAAUUCAACAAGAUCAAAGACCAGACCAUUUUCAAGAUACUCCAGCAACAUCUCAAGAAUAGAAAACAACAACAACGCGGUAACAAGCUCUGACAAUUUAAAGCAUUCUACUGAUUCCUCUUCUUUUAUUUUUAUAGAUACCAAAGUUGCCAACAAUUAUUUUGAUUCUCUCAACUGUUUCGGAACCAAUCAUUCAAAUCAUACAACAAUACAACAACAACAACCAUCAUCAUCACCACUCAAUCAUGACACAAUCCUCACCACAAUCCACAUUCACAAAUCAACUCACAAUCAAUAUUCACAAAUCACUCCACCAUCCUCAAAUAAUAAUAAUAACAACAAAAAUAAUACCAAUGAAUCAGCCUCACUUAUUCACUCAUUAUACAUGUACACUCCAUUUAAUUCAAGUGAUGUUUCAACCAAUUGUCAAUCAUCACCAAUACUCUUUAAUCAUUCAACAACCAACCAUUUUCUUUUAGCAGAAGAGGAGGAGCAGAAUGAGGUGUCAUUUCAAUUGAACAACAACAAAAACAACAACAACAACAACACAAUUACAAUCUCAUUGUUCAACCAUGUUGAACAUCAAUCAAUUCAUAAUAAUAAUAGUAUUUCUUUCCAUCAAUCAACCAUUUUAUUUUAUAAUUCAAGUGAUACUCAAUGUCAAUCAAAUCAUUCAUUCGUUCCUAACUACAAUAAUAAUUAUUUAUUUUUUAAUACAUCAUCCAUGUCAAUUCCUUUUAAUUUUCAAUUACCAUUAAAUCACUCAACAACCAACAACCACAUUCUUAUAGAUGUUCAAUCAAACAACAACAAAACAACAAAUUCAAUCCCAUGUUUCGAUCAUCAACCAAUCAUUUCCAUCAAUAAUAAUAAUAAUAAUAAUAAUUCAUUCUUCUAUGGCCAUCAAUCAUCGAUUCCAUGUUUUAAUUCAAGUAAUAUUUUAACUCAUUGCCAAUCAAACAAUCUCACAAUCCUCACCAAUCCAUCCACCCUCCACAUUCAUUUCCAAUCGAUCCACAAUCCUCAAACCAUUGGACAAUCUUCUAAUAAUAAUAAUAAUAAUAACAAUAACAAAAAUACAAAUAAUAAUAAUAAUAACGUCACAACAACAAAUAAUAAUAAUAAUAAUAAUAAAACAAUUAUUCCUCUUCCACAGACAGACAAACCAUUCAUUGUUCACCAACCAAUAAUAAUCCCAUUAAAUAAUGCAAAUAAUAUAAACAAUAAUAACAACAACUCAUCAUCAUCAUUCUCAUGCUUCAACCAUGUUGAAACAAUCAUCUCAACCAACAAUCAAUCAAAAAAUAUUAAUAAUAAUAAUAACAACAACAAUAACAAAAAUACAAAAACAAAUAACAACACAAGACCAACAAAUAAUAAUAACAACAAUUAUUCCUCUUACUUAGACACAUUAAACAAUCCAACAACAAUAAUCUCAAUGUGUCCAAUAUCAAAGACAAGACCAUUUUCAAGACACUCCAACGUUUCAAGAUUACAAAACAACGCGGUAACAAUCUCUGACAAUUUAAAGCAUUUUACUGAUUCCUCUUUUAUUAUUUUUAGAGAUACCAACAAUUAUUUUGAUUCUCUCGACUGUUUCGGAACCAAUCAUUCAAAUCAUUCAACAAUACAACAACAACCAUCAUCACCAAUCAAUCAUACAAUCCUCACCACAAUCCACACUCACAAUUCAAUUCACAAUCCACAUUCACAAAUCACUCCACCAUCCUCAAAUAAUAACAAUAAUUUAUCUUUUAAUUCAUCCACAAUGUCAAUUCCUUUUAAUUUAAAUGUUUUGUCUCAAUCUCAUUCUCAAUUACCAUUAAACUCUAGUGAUGUUUUGUUUCAUUGUCAAUCACCAAAUCAUUCAACAACCACCAACAAUAUUAAUUUAGAUCAGGAGGAGUCUGUUCAAUCGAACAGUAGAAGCACAAAAUUUAAUUCAUUAACAUGUUUAGACCAUGUUAAAAACCAAUCAAUUCUUUUUAAUAGUAAUCAAUCAAAUAAUAAUAAUAAUUAUUCAUUAAUUCAUUCAUCAUCCAUUUCACCUAAACAUUUCAACUCAUCAUCAUCAUCAUCAUUUUCAUGUUUCAACCAUGUUGAAUCAUUCAUUUCAACUAGAAAUCAAACAAAAAAUAUUAAUAAUAAUAAUAAUAACAAUAAUAAUAACAACAACAAUUAUUCCUCUUCCACAGACAGACAAACCAUUCAUUGUUCACCAACCAAUAAUAAUAGUAAUAAUAUUACAAUCUUUGCCAACCACUUCAAUCCACAGUCAUUAAAUAAUGCAAAUAAUAACAACAAUAAUAACAAUAACUACAUAAAAUGCAAAAAUAUUAAUCUCAACACCAACUCAUCAUCAUCAUCAUUUUCAUGCUUCAACCAUGUUGAAACAUUCAUCUCAACCAACAAUCAAACAAAAAAUAUUAAUCAUAAUCAUAACAACAAUAAUAACAAAAAUACAAAAACAAAUAACAACACAAGACCAACAAAUAAUAAUAACAACAACAACCAUUCCUCUUACAUAGACAGACAACACCCUCAUUGUUCACCAACAAAUAAUAACAUUCCAAUUACAACAAAGAAUAAUCAUAAUAACAUUACAAUCUUUACCAAUCACUCCAAUCCACACCCCUCAUUCACCAAUCAAUCAUUCAUUCAUCACCAAUCCUCUAGUCAGUCGCCCGUCCCAAAUCCAGUGAUCAAGAGUACCAAUUUCCAAGCAACAAUCACCACCAUUCGUAGACCAACAUAA